AGUAGGCUUCGACGUCGACGGGGUUGUGGGCGUCGCCGACGCCGCCUGAGUCGAGGAUGCACUCGGUCUCGACGCCCGGGCUGGUGGUGUCGAUGGGGAUGGGCGCGACUCCGUUGAAGGACAGCUUGGCGGCGUGCGUGUAGUACUCGUAGAGGCUGUAGCCGAGGCCCUUGAGGCGCGGGAUCCGGACGAGUGGGCCCGAGUACUUGGACGUGUCGAUGCCGCCCAGCAGGCCGGCGCCCGUGAAGGUGCCGCGCACGUCGUCGGGCCGCCUCUCCAUCCACAGCGAUUGCACCGGCGCCGAGAUGCGGCCCUGGUCGAGAAGGUUCUGGCGGAACGACGGGCCCGUCGUGUUCCUGGCAUUGGGGUCCGGGCUGGAGAAGUAGGGCGCUAUGCCUAGGAUGGAGUAGUCGUACUUCGGCUUCUCGGCGCACGAGUUCUCGGCGGCGCUAAAUGUGCGCUGCUGCAGGUACGGCACGAGGGCGACCUCGACGUCGGACACCUGGGACGAGAACUUGUUGAGGUGGUUGGUGAAGGCGAAGGUGUCGUUGACGAUCUUGUUGGCCCGGUACCACUUGGUAAGGCCACCGCCGUAGCCGUAGUCGCGGGCCCAGGGCCGCGGGGCCGUCGCCGUCUUGGACAGGGACGGGUCGUAGGUCCCCUCCUCAGGCACCGUGGCGUUGCAAGGGCCCUGGCAGGUCAGGUAGCGGCAGCCCCAGUUCUGGGUCGCGUUGGGCGAGAAGACGAAGAAGUCCGGGCUGCCCAGGUCGUAGCACACCUCGAUGCUCUGGUCCGAGUAGGGCAGGACCAGGCUGGUGGCGAACUUGUUGUUCUGGCCGUACUUCAUGUGCACCGGCAUGUGCACCGUCGGCACCACGGCGCCGGCCUCGACCGCGGCCGGGGCGGCUGCCGCCAGGUGUGCGAGGGCCACGAUGGCCGCGGCGGCGGAUGCUUGGGAACUGGACUUCAUCUUGCUAACGGGGGCUGUUUGGAACGAAGGGCUGUUAGGGAGAGGUGAGUGUCGCGGUGGCGCAGCAGUGGUGAGUGGUGGUGAUGCUGGCCGAGCCGACCUGCUUUAUAGCGGCCAGCCCAGAAGGGGGUUGGCAAUAGAGCCUUGGUCGCGCGCACCAAUGUGGUGUCAUUGGUGGGGUCUACGGAGUCUCCCGUAUUCGAAGAGGCUAAUGCGACCCUGUAGUUUACCCCGUACUAACCCCCUUGCUCCCCCUGGUUGACGACCAUCAAUCGCCGCAAUUGGAAGGUGGCCCAGCGGCUCCGGCGGUGAACACGAGCUGAGAUGGGUGCAUGAAUCCACAACCUCCGGGGAAAUUUGCUCCAAGGCCGCCGUUCCCCUGAGCUGUGGGCCUUCAUCGUCAUCGUGACAACCGCCCGUCGCCGGCAAUAUCAAGAAGCCUCUUUGCCGUCCGCUUAAAGGCCAGCCUGCCUCCCCCGUCGUCGCCAUGCUCUCGCGAGUUCUCGACUGCGGCACCUCCGCAACACCACACCGCCACCAGUCGCGAUGUUGGGCCUUGCCCUUCUCCUUUCCGUCCUCGGGCUCGCCCGCAAGGCGGCUUGCGAGAACACCGCCGCCGCCGCCAGCGUACCGGCCGCUGUCAAGCAGUUUAUCGUUGAGUUUGGCAAUGGACUUCUACCUCGAGACUUGGCGGCGGAUGCAUCGGUGAAACUCGUAAAAACGUACGAGUCGCCCUUGUUCACCGGCGCCGUGGUUGAGUUGGACUCGGAGGGCAGCGCGGCGAGAUUCGCCGCCGGGAAGCAGGUGGUCAACAUGUGGCCCAACCACGUUGUCGCACUGGACGAGCCCCUGGACGUGAAGAGCUUCCUCAACGACGUGUCGGCGGUCGACUACUCGGUCCACAAGGCCACAGGGGUCGACCGUCUGCACGCGGCCGGCAUCCUGGGCCAGGGCGUCAAGGUCGCUGUCGUCGACACUGGUGUGUGGCACAAGCACCCGGCACUUGGCGGCGGCUUCGGGCCCGGCUUCAAGGUCGCCGGCGGGUGGGACUUUGCCGGCGACGCGACCAGCCCCAAGGUCGCCAAGAAGCCCGACGCAGACCCGCUCGACCAGCUGGGACACGGAACGCAUGUCGCCGGCAUCGUCGCUGCCGUGAGCGACGGCUUCGUCGGCGUCGCGCCCAACGCCACCCUCCUGGCCUACAAGGUCAUAGCUGGAUAUGGCGGAACAGACGCGGCGACCAUCAUGGACGCCUGGCUGCGCGCCUACGCCGACGGCGCCGACGUCAUCACCACCAGCAUCGGCUCCCUCGUCGGGUGGCAGGACAACGCCCUGACCGUGGUGGGGUCCCGCAUCACCCGCCAGGGAGUCAUCAUGACCAUGUCCGCCGGUAACAACGGCGCGGACGGUGCCUUUUACGGCAGCGAGGCCGGCUCCAGCGACGACGUCCUGGCCGUCGCUUCGGUGCAGGCCGAAGUGUCACCUGCCACGCGCUAUCAGCUGACCGUCACCCUGGGCGGCGUCUCCAACACCACCCAGGGCGGCUACAUGUCCGACGACGUCUUCUCCCCGGACGUCAGGGGCUGGCCCGUCGUGGCACUGAGCAUGGAUCCCGAGACUGCGGCCGACGCUUGCGCGCCGUACCCGGCCGGCACCCAGAGCCUGACGGGCAAGGUGGCCCUCGUGCGCCGCGGCGGCUGCACGUACGCGGUCAAGCAGCGCAACCUCGAGGCCCUCGGCUGCAAGAACAUGCUGGUCUACAACGACAACAGGGCGCUCACCAACCCGGGCUCGACGCUGCCCACCAGUACCAUGGCCAUGAUCACGGCCCCGGCCGGCCACGCCAUCAUCAAGGCCCUCGCCGCCGGCGCCGCCGUCACGGUGGACUUUUCGCGCGGCGGCGGCCUCGUGGGCCAGCCCGACGCGCUCGGCGGCACGCCCAGCACCUUUUCGUCGUGGGCCGCCACCUACGACCUGCUGCUCAAGCCCGACGUCGCGGCGCCCGGCGGCAACAUCUUUAGCACCUGGCUCGACGGCGAGUUCCAGGUGCAGAGCGGGACGUCCAUGGCAACGCCCUACAUGGCGGGCAUCGCGGCCCUGUACAUCAGCGCUCUUGGCGGUCGCGACAAGCACGGCCCCAACUUCGCCCUCGACUUCAACAGGCGCGUUAUUGCGUCGGGCAAGUCGCUGCCGUGGUACGACGGCACCACCAAGAGCGACCGCUUCCUGGCGCCGUCGCUGCAAAUAGGCGGCGGGCUCGUCAACGCGUCCAGGGUGCUCUACGCCGGCACGACGCUCGACAAGGCCAAGAUUAGCCUCAACGACACGCGCAACUUCCAGGGCGUGCACGAGGUGACUGUCACCAACGCCGGCGCCUCGGCCGUCGCCUACAACUUCACCCUCGAGCCCGCCGCCGGCUUCGAAGUCCUGGACCCCUUCAUGCGCCAGUGGGACACGUGGGGUAUGAAGACCUUUGCCUCCCUGUCCCCGUUGGACCUCGUCCCCGACGUCCAGCUGCCCGAGCCCUUUAGCCUCGGGCCGGGCGAAUCCAAGAAGGUGACGGUGGCGUUUGCGAACCCCGAGGCCAAGGGCUGGAACGCGACCGUGAUCCCGACGUACAGCGGCAAGCUGCUGGUGCGCGGCGACAACGGCGACGCCCUGUCGCUGCCGUACCUGGGCGUGGCGGCGAGCCUGUACGAGACGAAAAAGGUGUGGCGCAACACGUACCCGCUCGCGUUCGGCGGCGAGCCCUGGACGUCCAUCGACGUCAAAUCCAACUACACCUUCAACCUGACCACGGGCGUGCGCGACUACCCAUUCGUCUUCAUGUCCUUCGACUGGGGCGUGCGCGAGCUGCGUUGGGACGUCUUCGAGGCCGACUGGGCCGAGGACGAGUGGCGGUACCCGCCCGAGAGCGGCGGCGCAAAGGGGUUCGUCGGCGCCGUGGCCGUGUGGGAGGGCGAGCUGGACCCGGCCUUUGAGCCGCCCACGGACCUGUCCGACCCGGCCGUCAACGGCCAGGUCACGCCCAUGCCGGCCCGGUUCCUAAGCCGCUUCGGCAUGACGCAGCCCAGCGACAAGAAGUGGCACUGGCUGGGCAAGAUGGCCGACGGGAAGCAGAUCGCGCCCGGGAACUACACGAUGCGCGUGGCCGUGUCACGGCCGCUUGCAGAUCUGUCGAGGGCGGACGGCUGGGAGGUUUGGAGGCGCGCGAUACAGGUGCUUCCGAUGAAGUAGAUGGGCAUUGGAUAUAUGUUUUAUAGCUACCUAAGGGACUACAGCUCACCCCGCUAACUUCCACCUGAUAACAAUGAGAAGAAAUGCCAAAGUGGUUGGAAGGAGUGACAAUGUGGGAUCAUAAAAUCCCAAACAGCCGGGAGAGACAGCAGUAACUACUUGAUUACUGCACUGAAGCAAACCACAAAAGAAAAGAAAGGGUGGAGCAAAGUCGGCAGAGAUAAGACGGCAGCUUCUCAGUUACCGCUCGAGUUCGGGAGCUGGCUGCCAAUCUCGCACAGCACCUCGGUGUAAAUUUUCGGGGGCCCUGUUGGGUAUGGCACUGGAUGUCAGGCAAAUAACCACAUGUGAUAAAGCUGGUGCGGGCUGGAUUUGGGGACGUACAUCUCCACUGAUCCUCGGCCUCGACCGACGCAACCCACUGCUGCUUUCCAGCACUCGGGAUUUGCUGCAAGUUUCACGCGCAGUGUUAUUAGACGGAGAGUCAAAGGCCACACAGUUGUUGUUCUUAUGAGCAAAAAUGGGACUUACAAACACGCCGGGCGAGGUACCGCAAUCCCGGUUGAUGAGGGUAUCGCAGACUCGGAUGUAGAACUGCAUGCGCAUGGGGCGGGCCUUGUCAGCAAAAUAGGAUCGUGGAUGAUGGCGGACAACGGCUGGUCCUCGCCCAAUAAGGAAAGGGGAAGAAGAGUCACAGACGUUGGUGUCACGCAGGAUGGUCUUGAGCUCGUUGUCCCGAUAGAAGUCGCGCGACUGGCCGGACAGGAUGUUGCCGCUGGGGUUGAUCUUGGUCCAGGAGCUCUGGUCGUAGCUGUACUGGAGCUCGGCCGAGAUGGUGGCCCCGUUGUAGAAGUGGAGCUGCCCCAUGGACUGUUUUGUUGUUAUGGCAGAGCCGGAUCUUGUCAGCGGAUUCCGAUGAGGGUGACGGGAAUGUACGGCACGGUGUCUGCACGACUCACCAUGAACCUGUAGUUGGCACAAGUGUCGCGCUUGACCAGUGCGCUCGGCUCGUUGGGACUCAUGGGUGCCGGGGCGGCCAGAGCCGGGAUGGCCAGGGCGAGGAGGGAGUUCAGGAGCAUUUUGAACAGGAGUGCUUGCGUGAAAGGCAGAGUGCGAUGCUUGUCUGGUGUUUGAGAGGGUGGAUGAGUGUGCUUGUGUUCUAAAGACAGAUCCAAGUUGCUAAAUGGCAGCAGUUUUGGUCGACUUUAUACUUGCCCCUUUGGUCUAUCAGAUACAUCUCCUAUGAGCCCAGAGCACAGGUACCAACGGCUUCCCCGCAUCACUUCCCCAACCUUUGUGCCGCCGUUGAGCAGUUCACGUUGCCAAGCAAGCUCAGCUGUCGCGAGCUAGCUGACGCGGAGAGCGCAGCGAAUGGUAGCCCAUCUCGGUUCCCGUUU